AUGCCAGACUUUGCCAUUUAUCCGAGUUUGAAAGACAAGACCGUUCUGGUUUCGGGCGGUGCCCAGGGCAUCGGCGCCGAAAUUGUGGAAGCAUUCGCCGCGCAAGGCGCCCGUGUCGGAUUUCUGGAUCUGGAUGAAACCGCGAGCGAGGCAAUUGCCGCUUCGAAAGAAAAUGUCACGUAUGAAAUCUGCGAUCUUCGCGACAUUGGGGCAAUGCAAUCCGCGCUCACGAAAUUGACGGACCGUCUCGGGCCAGCGCAUGUCCUUGUCAACAACGCGGCACGAGAUGACCGACACGAUUGGAAAGACGUGACGCCUGAGUACUGGGACGAGCGCCAGGCCACAAAUCUUCGCCACAUGUUUUUCGCGAUCCAGGCCGUCGCACCGGGCAUGAUGGAACGAGGAGGCGGUUCGAUCAUUAACAUGGGGUCGAAUUCGUGGUGGGAAGCCGGUGGUGGUUUCCCGGCCUAUGCCACCGCCAAGUCCGCCGUGCAUGGACUGACACGCACCAUGGCCCGGGACCUCGGCGAAAGCCGUAUCCGCGUCAACACCGUGGUUCCUGGCUGGAUAAUGACCGAGCGGCAGAAAGAACUCUGGGCAACUCCGGAAGCACUGGAAGCCCAUCGCACGCGUCAAUGUCUCCCGGAUCUGAUCGAUCCUGUUUAUGUCGCCCGCAUGGUUCUCUUCCUUGCGUCUGACGACGCGGCGAUGUGCAGCGCGAACAAUUACAUGGUCGAAGCAGGAUCAAUCUGA